CUGGGGAGGCGGGACGCGCCCGAGCGCUGCGGGAGGGGCCGCAACGGGGCUGCCCGCAGGUACUGGCCGCGUCAAGCGUGGGGCCGCCGGGGGGGGGAACACACGGACACAGCGACCCCCCCCGAGCCCGCACCCGCGGCUGCGCGGGGCCGGGACCCCCCCUUAGCGCUGCUGCGUGGGGCCGGGCCCCCCCCGCCCCGCGUCCUGCGGCCGCCGCUGGUGCGGGAGCAUGAAGGUGAAGGUGAUUUCCGUCCUGGAGGACAACUACAUGUACCUGGUCAUCGAGGAGAGCACCCGGGAUGCCAUCGCCGUGGAUGCUGCUGUCCCUAAAAGGUUGCUGGAAAUCAUCAGGAAGGAGGACGUGGUGCUCAGAGCCAUCCUCACCACCCACCACCACUGGGACCACGCGAGGGGCAACGAGGAGCUGGCGAGGCUCUGCCCCGGCCUGCGCGUGUACGGCGCCGAUGAGCGGAUCGGGGCCCUGACGCACAAGGUGACCCACGAGCAGGAGCUGACGUUUGGGGCCAUCCGGGUGAGGUGCCUCUUCACCCCCUGCCACACCUCGGGCCACAUGUGCUACUUCAUGUGGGAGGACGGCUCCCCGGAUGCUCCGGCUCUGUUCUCAGGUGACACCCUGUUUGUGGGAGGCUGCGGGAAGUUCUUCGAGGGAACAGCAGAGCAGAUGUACACCAACCUCACCCAAAUUCUGGGGGCUCUGCCAAAGGAGACGAAGGUGUUCUGUGGCCACGAAUACACCGUCCGGAACCUCAAGUUUGCCUUGAAAGUGGAACCAGAGAAUGAAAUAGUGAAGAAGAAGCUUGCAUGGGCCAAACAGCGGGAUGACGAGGACUUGCCCACGGUGCCCUCCACAUUGCAGGAGGAGUUCCUCUACAACCCCUUCCUGCGGGUCACGGAAGAGCCCUUGCAGAAGUUCACGGGCAAGACAGACCCGGUGGAGGUGCUGAGGACCCUCCGCACCGAGAAGGACAACUUCAAGAAGCCCAAGGAGCGGCCCAACCCUCCGGCCAUGCUCGCGUUUGACUGGGGCCUCUUCAGCCCCUUCCUCGAGAAGAAGUGAGCAGCCGUGGCACCACUGUCCCCAUCCUGGUGGGGGCUUCUCCUGGGCUGUGUCCAUCCGGCUCUUGCUCCCGUAAGACUCGGCACUUGGGAAGUGGAUUCUGUCUUUAA